AUGUACUACGACUAUCAUGGUUACGAUAACGGCUACAUCGACAACAAUUACAACUACAGGUCCAACCCCGGGAACAUCCACAGUCUCUCCUCCAGCUGGAUGCGUUACUACCAUUACUACUCUAGGUCCGUCUCCGGGCACCUCUACAAUUUUACCCCCUACUGGAUGUACAACACAAUGUACAACUACAAUCAUGGUCACCAUAACGGCUUCAUCAACAACAAUGACUACUACGGGCCCAACCCCGGGCACAUCAACAAUUAG